AUGGCCCCGGAUCGCUCGCUUUAUCGGGGCUGCUCGCCCGCCGUGCGUCGAAAGACGUGCGUGCAGGACUUCUCCCAGGAUUUGGAUCGUCCUCCCCUCAUCUCGGCCUCGGAAGUCUACUUCGAUGAGGAGGACCCCGACGCCAGCCAGAAGGCCUUAGAGUGGCAGCUGUCCUUCGACGCAAGCACCGCGAGCCGGGCCGUGCUGCCGCGUUGCAUGUCCCCCUCCCUCGAGGCCGGCCUCCCCCGGGACCGCGCGCUGAGGGGAGCGCGAAUCCUCGGUUGCGACGCCUCGUUACAAAGGGCCAUGGGCAUCGGCCUUGCGGUCGCCGCGGAGCUCGGCGAGCCGACGCUGAGCGAUUCCAUCUGCCGUGAGCGAACCGACCUCGGCCUUGCCUUCAAGCAGCAGUCGGGCCGGUACAACGUCCCGUCACCGCUUGCGUCUCGUGUGCACGGCUCCUUGCGACGGCCGAAGGAUCAGGUCACCUUCAGCUUCAAGCGCACGUCGUUUCCGGGCUUCACCAGCCGCUCUUCGGUGAAAAGGGCGACCUCCGCACCUCAUCUCCGGCCGGAUGGAGAGCCGGAAGACGUCUAG